AUUAUAGCGUAACUGUCCCCCCCGGUCCACGCCAAGGAGCGACCUUCAAUUCUUUACACCUAAGGUAUUUUUUUUGUUAAUUCCUGUUACCAAUUCUGUUUCACUAAUUGCACGGCGCGCAGUCAGAUCACAGGUCAGACCCAUAUCUGUUUGCCAGCACAGCCGUUUAUUAUUAUUUUUUUCUUGGCCCCCCUACACACAGUAUUAGUAUCGGUAUCGGUUAUGUAUCAGGGUUAUUAUUCCUAUUCCUAUCCGCAUCGGUCAACAGCGCGAGAGACAUCCACCCUCUCUCCAUGUUGGUCGAAAAUGUGGAAUGGCAAAUUCGACAUCAACCUCAUAACGCCAUGAUCGCCCUAUUUCGACGGAAGACACGCGUUGUCGCUUCUCUUAUUCUUGUAUUAAUAUUAUAUCUUCUCGUCGGUCUUAUUCCUGAACAUCGCGAUACCCUAUUCGGCUUCACCUACGUAAGAAGUGGUUACGACUGGUCCAAGCAGAAACUUGCGUAUCCCGUAUCAGAAUACACGCCCCUACCAACUGGUGUCCCCCGCUCGCUACCUAAAGUCCAAUAUGCAUUCACUACCGAUACGAGUCCCAAAGGUGUUGCAAGGGAGGAGGUGCUAUCAAGUCGACGGGCCGAGGUAAAAAGCGCCUUUAUGAAGAGUUGGACGAGCUAUAAAAAUGUUGGCUUCGGUUACGACGAGCUUAUGCCUGUAUCUGGCAAAGGAAGAGAUGCUCCCGGCUUCGGUGGAUGGGGAGCUACUCUCGUCGACUCCCUUUCCACGCUUUGGAUUAUGGGCCUUAAGGACGAAUUUUACGAAGCUGCCGCUGCUGCCGUCACCAUCGAUUGGUCCGAAACAAGGGAUAGCUCCUGCAACUUCUUCGAGACCACCAUUCGACACCUGGGCGGGCUCUUGGGUGCCUACGAUUUGAGUCUGGAAACGGCGUUACUCGAGAAAGCCAUUGAGUUAGGCGAUAUGCUCUAUAUGGCAUACGAUACUCCGACCCAUAUGCCCCCAUUCUGGCUAGAUUUCGACGAUGCCAAACAUGGUAGACAGGUCGCCGGAUACCAUGACCCGUCGGCCUCCGUCACGUCGUCUUCGCUCGAGUUUACGAGAUUAUCACAGCUCACCGGCAAUAACAAAUAUUACGAUGCUAUUAACAGAGUUACAUUAGUCUUAGACGAAUGGCAGAACAAAACAACAUUACCAGGGAUGUGGCCAACCUUUUUCGACUUUGCGCAGAUGCAGUUGGAUGGCGAUAGUAGCUUUACGCUCGGCGCAUUAGCUGAUAGUCUUUACGAAUAUUUACCAAAAACAUAUGCUAUCCUCGGCGGCCUCGAACCUAUAUACGAAAAACUUUACCGAGGGUCGAUGGAUACGGUUACAAAGAACUUAUUGUUUCGACCUAUGACACCGAAUAAGGACGAUAUCCUUUUCUCGGGGAAUGUAUACGUUUCACCAGACACGGGUCCCCAUUUGACGGCAGAAGGGCAACAUCUUGCGUGUUUCGUGGGAGGAAUGUUUGGACUCGGAGGAAAACUUUUUAAUAUUCCAGAACACGUCCAAAUAGGCGAAAAGAUUACACGAGGCUGUGUCUGGGGUUAUGACGCAAUGCCCACGGGUAUCAUGCCCGAAAUAUUCAAUUUAUUUACAUGCGAGUCCCUAGAGCCUUGCGAAUGGGACGAGGACCAGUGGCAAGAUGAAGGCAAUACACAACUGCCGAGGGGUUUCAGAAACGCCCGUGAUUCGCGUUAUCUCCUCCGGCCAGAAGCCGUCGAGAGUGUUUUCCUCAUGUAUCGCAUGACUGGAAACCCCGAAUAUCAAGAAAUGGCGUGGAGGAUGUUCCAGGCGAUUCGUAACGCGACUGAGACAGACCUAGCGUUCUCUUCAAUUCAAUCCGUCAGAGAUGUCCCUACUGAUAAGACGGAUUCUAUGGAGAGCUUCUGGUUGGCCGAGACCCUUAGGUACCUUUACUUAACAUUCUCCUCGCCCGAUCUAGUCAAUUUGGACGAAUAUGUCCUGAACACGGAGGCCCACCCCCUGAAACGACCUAGGUGAGCGGUGUGGUGAGAGGUAGUUUUUACGAAGUUGUUGUCACCGCGUUGCAUUUAAGAUGCGGAUUGGUUGCUUUUGGCAUCUUUCAUCUGCAGGUUCUUUGCGAUAUCUACGAACGGAGUUUAUGGAAUGUCCUACGGACACCCUAUGAAUCUAUGAGAUCUUGCUAGAACGCACAGAUCAUCAGAUAUCUUGAAGCCAUAUGAUUAAUGAUCGGAGGUUACUUACCUGCGUAAGGUAUUUACGAGUACCUAUGUAUAUAGACGGCGACGGGCCACGGACAAGGAUAGACAUAAUUCUAUUAGAAUUAAUGAUAAUAUUGACAAAUGAA